GUACCAGUACAGCCACAGCCUGACCUGCUGGGAGGAACUGGAGCCCGACAAGCCCGGGACCGUGCCGUCCGCGGCGGGGGUCCAUGCCCAUGUGGUCGGGGCUGUCGCCGGUGUGGAUGAGUCCUCCGACAGCGACGCRGAGCAGGAAGGGCCCCAGAAACUGAUCCGGAAAGUGUCGACCUCUGGUCAGCUCAGGAGUAAG